AGUCCCGCUGCGGUUCGGGCUGAGGUGGCAUCUCUCUUCCGCCCUCCCCCGUCCCUAAGUUCCUACCCUCCGAGGAUAGCCCUCGACCUUUACCCUCGUCCAUUUCCCCCUCUCCUCCCUGCGCCAGUACCCCCGAAUCCUAAUCGCUCCACUCGUGGCGCCCCCCCGCGUUUCUCCUCUCCGCCGCAAACCCCGCGACCUCCAGCAGCCCGCCCCCGCGAGCCGGAUCCUGCCUGGCUGCUCCCGCCGCAACCUCCUCAGCCUUCCCGCUCUUCUAGGGCUCGCGCCACUACACCCCCGGGUGUCUCCCCUCGGGCUUCCCGGUUCCCUCCUCCUCACGCCCCCUCGGAGCCCCCUCCCUCGCCUUGGCCAGCCGGCAUGCAGGUGUCUAUCGCAUGUACCGAGCAGAACCUUCGCAGCCGGAGCAGUGAGGACCGUCUGUGUGGACCCCGGCCGGGCCCCGGGGGCGGUAAUGGCGGGCCGGUCGGCGGGGGGCAUGGGAAUCCUCCGGGGGGAGGAGGGUCGGGCCCCAAGGCCCGGGCCGCAGUGGUCCCCCGACCCCCAGCGCCCGCUGGGGUCCUCCGAGAGAGCACCGGCCGAGGCACUGGCAUGAAAUACAGGAACCUAGGAAAGUCUGGUCUUCGGGUAUCCUGCCUUGGCCUAGGUACCUGGGUCACAUUUGGUUCUCAGAUCUCAGAUGAGACAGCAGAGGAUGUGCUGACAGUAGCCUAUGAGCAUGGCGUAAACCUGUUUGACACCACCGAAGUGUAUGCAGCGGGAAAGGCUGAAAGAACCCUAGGCAACAUCCUCAAGAGCAAAGGUUGGAGGAGAUCAAGCUAUGUCAUCACCACCAAGAUUUUUGGGGGAGGACAGGCAGAAACUGAGCGAGGCUUGAGCCGCAAACACAUCAUUGAGGGCUUGCGAGGAUCCCUGGAACGCCUCCAGCUGGGAUAUGUGGACAUCAUCUUCGCCAAUCGCUCAGACCCCAACAGUCCCAUGGAGGAGAUUGUGCGAGCCAUGACCUAUGUCAUCAACCAGGGCCUGGCCCUAUACUGGGGGACAUCCCGAUGGGGGGCUGCAGAAAUCAUGGAGGCCUACUCCAUGGCCAGACAGUUCAACCUGAUUCCUCCAGUGUGUGAACAAGCUGAGCACCAUCUGUUUCACAGAGAGAAGGUGGAGAUGCAGCUGCCAGAGCUCUACCACAAGAUUGGUGUUGGCUCAGUCACCUGGUCCCCUCUGGCCUGUGGCCUCAUCACUAGCAAGUAUGAUGGGCGAGUCCCAGAUACCUGCAGGGUCAACAUCAAGGGCUACCAGUGGCACAAAGACAAAGUGCAGAGUGAGGACGGCAAAAAGCAACAAGCCAAAGUCAUGGACCUUCUCCCCAUCGCUCACCAGCUGGGCUGCACCGUGGCGCAGCUUGCUAUUGGUGAGACACUGCCAGCCCUGGACCCUGCAGAGGCCUUGUCUCCUCCUGAGAUGCUACCAAACCGCAGACUGGUUUGUCUCUGGGGAGGACCCUCUUCCUCGGAGACACCUCUGAAGUCUGCGUGCUCACUGUUUCCCACCAGUUCUUUUUUAUUUCCUUCUCUGGCCCAGCGUGGUGUCUCCGCAGUGAGGGUGUCAGCUCGGUCUUGCUGGGGGUGUCCAGUGCAGAGCAGCUGAUUGAACACCUGGGCGCCCUGCAGGUGCUGAGUCAGCUGACCCCGCAGACGGUGAUGGAGAUAGAAGGGCUCCUGGGCCACAAACCGCAUCUCAAGAAAUAGUCCGUCGGGGGCGCAGGGACCCAAACCGGAGCCGCUGCACCCUCCCAGGACCGCUUCCCGCCCCCGCCUCCCUCCCGCUCCGGAUCCCUCCACGCAGCGGCCGGAGCCAGGGAGGCCCCGCCCACUAACGAGUUCCGGUCACAGUAGCGAAAGCAUGAACAAAGCCAUAUCCUCCCGCAGUGGGGCUUGAGAGGGAAAGUAGUCCGCCACCCCCUAUUGCGUCCUCCUAGGCCUCCCUGCUAAUCCUGGGCAUGAGCUACUGGGCUGUCCCCUCUCUGCCACUUGGCCUCGCUCCCUUCUCUCUUCCCCUAAUCGCCGAGGCCCAGGGGGAAAAAAAAGGCAGAUACAAGACCCAUGCAGAGUACCUCAAAAGUGGCCCUUGAAAUGUCAUCAAGGGGUAACAACCUAAUAUGAAGUGAGUUUUGAUGUCAUCUGGGACAAAGGAGAUGGGGCUCUUACAUUCGUUACAAAGGAAGCCAGGCUGGUCCUGGCAGGAAGUAAAUGAUAAUCUUUGGGAAACUAGGACCCUGCCUCAGCCAGGAGGUGGAGGAGGGCUUAAAACCACAAAAAGUGUUGAUACUUUGUUCUUGUCAGAGAGGGGUAGGGUGGGGAGUGCAGUGACAAAGCACUGACGAGGGAAAACUGACGGCCGAUGUAUAGCCUGUCCUGGCACAAGUGGCCAGGGAAGCCCUUGGAAAGUACGGUUGGGCCGCAAUUCGCAGGAAAAGGUGACAACCUUUAGGUCACGGCAGAGAAAUGGGGCUGACAUAAAAAGGUCUGGGGAUAAACUUUUGAUCCUUGAGCAGGACUCCUACCCGGGAGUGGAGGACUGUAGUCUUCCUCCUGGCAAUAAUCUUAAAGCAAUAAUGAUGGCCCCUCUUGUGUAAGACUUCCCAGGGAACUGUAAAUAAAAUCUCAGCUUGAUCAUCA